CCGACGCGAGCGUCGCACGUCAUGGACUUCACCGGCAAAGUAGUCAUCGUCACUGGCGCCAGUUCGGGUAUCGGUGCAGCAUCCGCCAUACUCUUCGCGAAGUGCGGCGCCAAACUGACCUUAGUGGGGAGAAACGAGCAGAGGCUCAAAGAAGUUGAAAAAUGCCACGCAGCGAAAGGAAACCAGCCUUUGAGCUUAGUGCUAGAUUUAACGCAGAAAGGCAGCUGCGACGCCGUGGUGGCGAGGACUGUGGUCGCCUUCCAGAAGAUUAACGUGCUGGUCAACUGCGCUGGUAAGGUCACCAUCGGCUCGCUGUUCGACGACAACAUAAACGCUUUAGAUGAGAUGAUAGAUAUCAAUCUUCGGGUACCGUACCAGCUCACACAUUUGGCUGUUCCGUACUUGAAGCAGAGCAAAGGGAACGUAGUCAACCUGACCGCAACCAAAUACACUAGAGUGAGGCAUGGUUUCCUUGGCUAUUCUAUCGCCAAAGCCGGCCUGGAGAAGUUCACGAAGAACGCGGCAAUAGAACUGGCCACUGAAGGUAUUAGGGUCAAUUCAGUUCAACCUGGCUUGACCAGGACUAAUAUAUUGUCAAAUCUGGCGAUGAGUGAAGAGGAUAGGCGAGGAGCGUACGAGCGGCUGUCGAAUGAGAUGAAGGUCAUCGAACCCGAGGAGGUGGCGAAGAUGGUGGUGUUUGUAGCGAGCGACACGUGUCCGAAUUUGACCGGGGCGCAAAUGUCCAUCGACGGUGCUACUUCUGUGAUGUGAAAGGACUGUUUAACGGAAGAGAUAGAGAUGAUAUUAGUGUACCAAAAAUAUUUAAGAUAAUGUAUUCGUUAAUGAGGAUAAGUUAAAUGUAAUUUAGUGCUGCCUCGGUGGCGAAGUUGUAUUGUGUGUGCGGUGUGGGAUCUCUCUGCGGUUUUGGGUUUGAAUCCCAAUUUGUAGCAGUGAUAUUGGGAUUUUCUUCUCAAUAUCAGCCAGGAUUCUUGAAUCUGCGCCCGAUAUGGCAAUAGGCUUGUCCCCUAUCACAUCGUGGGACGGAACACAUAGAUUAUAAGUGGUUUCCCUGCUUGUGCCUCUGCUAACCCAUUCGGGAAUAAAGGUGCGGUGCUUGCGUAAAUUUUAAUAAAAUUAAUUCACAUUACAAUAAAGCUACUUAAGAUAGACAUUCGCGGUUUUUGUGGUUAAUUUCACUGCUGACGUGUGGAAGACCCGUGAUUAUAAAGACUGUGAAGCCUCGGAAACGCCAGAAGUAAAAGUAACGUAAAAACGUCAAGUUGCGAAAAAUUUUCAAAGUUUUAUUUCAACAUCUAACAUUCGCGUAAACACUAGAAAGGAUUAUAUGUUUGGAUUGAUUUUAUUCCGAUAUUUGUAAGAAAAUAUCCUAAUAAGUUUCUUUACCUUGUACAUAAAGCAAUGUUUAUGUCAUUUGUGUGAAAAUAAUGAUUAAAGUGUGAUUUUGUUGAAAAGAGUGACGUGUUCUUUCAGUAAUAUGGUUUAAAUUAAGUGUUUCAAUUUAAGUGGAUGUAUUUUGCGUUAAUGUUCUGCUCAUAAAGGUGUUUAGCCUUGUUUAUUGUUCAAACAGCGUAAAUGGCUUAGUCCUAUGUAAACAAAAUGGGAUAUUACAUUGAAAUAAAACUGUUUUUACGGAUCUCA